AUGUUAAUUUUCAGCAUUGUUAAUCAAAAUAGUUUAGACGAAUAUACUGUAAGGAUAGAAAGUCAGAAGGGUGAUUUUCAGUCAGUAUUCACUGAUCUUGAAUGUUUAGCACUUUUAACUGCUUGUCUCUCGCAUGAUAUCGAUCAUCGUGGUACGGAUAAUCAGUUUCAGAUUAAAACAAUGUCACCAUUGGCGAAAUUAUAUUCAACGUCAGUUCUUGAACAUCAUCAUUUCAAUCAAUUUAUGAUGAUAUUGACGAUAAAGGGCAACAAUUUUUUAUGCAAUCUAAAUAAGUCAGAUUAUGAUAUUGUUGUGAAAUUAAUUAGAGAGGCGAUAUUAGCUACAGACUUGUCAAGCUAUUUCUCUAGACUGCCUAAAUUUCAACAGACUUUAGCAAAUUUGAAACAAAGUGGAGACAAUUCAAUCAAUUUAUGGAGAAACGAUCAAGAACAACGUUUAUUACUUGGAUGUAUGUUUAUGACAGCUUGUGAUGUCUCUGCAAUUACUAAACCAUGGCCGGUACAAAAAAUGACAGCUGAAAUGGUAGCCAAUGAAUUUUUUGAACAAGGUGAUUUAGAAAAACAGCAACUAAAUGUUACCCCAGCUGCCUUAAUGGAUCGUGAACGUAGCAAUGAACUUCCAAAGUUACAAGUCAGCUUUAUUGAUUUCGUAUGUAUGCCAAUUUAUGAGGCUAUUGUACAAGUUUCACCGAAUUUCGAACCUUUACUAAAUGGUUGUAAGCGCAAUCGUUCUUGUUGGCUAAUUCUCUCGGAAAAUGGUGAAGUUCCCUACUCCUUAUAUGGAUUAGAUGAUAAAGAGCCGAUAGAGCCAACAAUUAUUGAUAACUUGAGUGUUUCACCUAAUGUUGGAUCAUUGGGUACAUUAAAUCCUAAUUCAGCUGAACGUAUUGCAAAGAGCAAACCAUUUACAUCACCUAAUGUUCGCAGGGCUUCUGUAACAUCGAUGACCACAGUUGGCGGACAAGAGCCUACCUUACGAAGUCAACCGUCUGUUGAAACAAAAUAAUAUUUUCUCUCUUCUGCCUAUAUUUCAUUUGCAUUUUAUUUAUUUCAAUCUUUUCCAUUACUUAUAACCUAGACUGUCAGGUAUGUUCAUGCACUAAAUUACAUUUAUGACGGUUUUAUUCAUCAUGAGAAGAACAUUGAUCACUCGAGUUUUCAACUGUAUUAUUAGUAAUCUCCUUCUUUCCUCUUUGGUGAGUAGUCAAAUUUUUAUUGAGUCUACUAAAUAGAAAGAAAAUACUAGAGACUAAAUAAGCGCAGUAAGUGAGAAGAAACUUCAUCAUACAGCUCAUGUACAGUGAAAAUUAAUCUAAUUUCAUCACUCAGACAUUUUUGUCUUUUCAUUUAUAUUGGCAUUCUGUGAAAUAAUCGUGAUAAUUUGUUGACUGUGUAUUGUUUGUGUUAAUAAUUUCACUAAACCCCUUCUUACCUUCCAUACUAUCUUUCCAUGACUUCAUCCGUGUGUGUGUGUGCAUGUGUGUGACCAGGGAUAAGGUUAUGUGAAUGCAACACGAAACUCCUUGAAACAUAAUGCGAUUCACUAUGAUUUCUCUGUCAAUUUUCCUUCAUGUUUCUUUCAAGUCCAUUUGUUUAAACAAUAGGUGAUAAAGCACUAACCCUUGAGCAUUUGAUCUGGCGUUUUUGAAUUUUCCCUCAUGUAAUCAAUACUUUGCCCUCUUACAUACUUUCUUAUAUGGAUUUAUAUCAAUAUUAACCCUAUAUGAAAGUCAUUCUGAUUAGUUCUUUUAGUUAGUCAGAUUUUUUAAAUGUUAUAAGAUCAUUUGAUGUCAUCCUUAUAUUUGUUGUUCGUUUUGUUGCUCCAGAAACAAUAUCUUUCACUUUUCUCACCACACACUGAAAAAUGUAUGUCAUCACAACUGUUCAGUACGAAUUUUUCCUUGUGUAGAAGACUAUGCAUUCUGCUUUCCGUUGUCGGCUGUGAUUCUUUUCA